AUGGACUACGUUGCGCUGCCCAAAAUCGAGCUUCACGCCCAUCUCACGGGGAGCGUCUCGCGACGCACACUCCACGAUAUAUGGCGACGCAAGAAGGAUGCCGGCGACACCGACAUUCAAGACCCCAUGGCAGUCAUGCCCGAGGGCAAGCAUGACUAUAACGUGCAGACCUUCUUUCCGUUAUUCAGCAGCUACAUAUAUAAUCUCCUCAUCGACGAGGCCUCCAUCGCAGAAGCCACCACCGCCGUGCUACAAGGUUUUCACGCCGACGGCGUCGUCUAUCUGGAGCUGCGCACCACGCCCCGCACCACGCCGCUGCUCUCGCCCGAGACGUACGUGCGCACCAUCCUCGCCGCCAUCAGCGCCUUUAGCGACCUCCACCCGCAGAUGCGCACGCGCCUCAUCCUCUCCGUCGACCGACGGCACGACUACGCCACCGCGGCCGCCGUCGUAGAGCUCGGCGUCGCGCUGCAGCCGCUCGGCGUCGUCGGCGUCGACCUCUGCGGCGACCCGACGGCCAAGCCCGGCGGGGCGGUGCGGCUCUUCACGCCGGCGUUUGAGCGCGCGCGCGCCGCGGGGCUGGGCAUCACGGUGCACUUUGCCGAGGCGCAGGCCAGCGGCUCCCGCGAGGAGCUCGACGUGCUGCUGGGCUGGCAGCCGGGCCGGCUGGGCCACGUCAUCUGGGAGGACGACGAGGCGAAGCGCGAGAUUGCGAGGAGGAGCUUGUGCCUGGAGCUGUGUCUGAGCUGCAACGUGCUGGCGGAUAUGGUGGAGGGCGGGUUUGCGGGCCAUCACUUUGGGUACUGGAGGACGGUGGACGGGCCCAAAAUAUCACUCGCGACGGACGAUGUAGGCGUGUUUGGAAGCCCGUUGUCGAAGGAAUACGAGCUGGCCGCUCAACACUUUAAUCUAGACAGGCAAGAGGUGUGCUCGCUGGCGCGCCAGGCCAUUGACUCGACGUUUGGUAGCGUCGAGGAUAAAGAGUGGCUUCGAUCCGUCAUGUGGACAGCGUAG